AUGAAUAUUAUCUUGAGAUACUUUCCAAAUACAAAUUCGAUAUACUUAAUUGAAUUUAAGGAGUAAGAUAUAGUUAAUUAGGAGCUCUAGGGAGGGUAUUUUAAUUACUGAGGCAGUUGCUAUUGUAAUGGAGUUUAGAAUGGUAUUGCUACUGGUUUGGAAACUUUCGUUUAUUAAGCAUAAGGAGCAAAUUAAUUCGAAUUUUGUCCAAAAUUAUAUAAUAGAUAAUUAGUGUUAGGAUAUUAUUGAUGAUACCAAUAUUAUUGUUGUUAUUAUUUUCGACACAAUUGAUGUUAAUUAUUAAUAGGUAAAAGUAAAUUACUUUUAGCCAAGGAUAAUUAGUAAAAAGAAAGAGGAAGAUUUAAUAAUUAUAAGAUUAUAGCAUUAUUUUUUGAUACAAUUGUUGUGAAUAUUAAGGUAUUUCUUAAUUAUAGAAACAGUUAUAAUUAUUGGUUUAGCAUUUCUAUUGCAUCUACUAAAUUUGUUGAAAAUGAAAUGGGAAAAAUAAAAUAAUGGCCAAAAAUUAUUCCUUAGCAACUUUUUUGA